AUCAGAAAGUGAAUGACGCAAAAUUGAAAUUUCGUUGCCAAUCGCGUAUAGUAACUGUUUUCUUCGGCGCGUUAUUUUUUGUCUGUUGUGUUGUUUCCUAUUUAUUUGAAGUGGAAGCGACUUAUUUGGAUUCCGCCUUUACUUUCUAGAUUGUGCGUUGCGUUAAUGAUUUGUUAAUAACGGUGGAAAAGUCAUGCCGCGCACUAAACUCUCGAAAAAUGCAAAACGAAAUCGGGAUGCCGCCAAGGAUGAAACAUUAUCGACUCGUUUACGGGAAUUCGAUUUGGAAGUGGAUCAAUUUCUGUCGGAUCUAGAAUUCAAGCGCCAGGAACGAUUAGAUGAAAACAAAUCUUUGGCAAAUUUAGUUCGAACGCUUCCGCAAAGGAUACACGAUAUGAAAAUGGGAGAAUUGAUGGCGAUGGAAGAGAAGACCAUUGAUGAAGUUAAUGUAGCGUUAGAGAAAAAAGCCGCCGCUAACAGAAGUAUGAUGAAUGCCUCCUUGCUUAGCAGUUCCAAAAAGAAAUCAAAAGGCGACGAGGGAUACCUUACAGAAGAUAGUGGCAGUGGAAAUAUGAUUGCGACAUCAGCAUAUACAGGAUUCACACGAGGUAUGACUCCGUCAGCACGUCCAGUGGGACCACUUAGCUCGGCAAAGGCGAAGAGCCGAAAUCGUCGCAGUCGAUCGGCAUGCGGUUAUCUGAAUACUAUAGGAAGUAAUAGUAGUACAAUUUCGUCAUCAACAACUUCAAGUCGCACAACUACAGAUCGUAUGUCACGAUCAAGAAUGCGAACUCCGCUAAAUAAUCGAGUGAAGGCGGCUAGUGCGGACAGAGCGGCGCCAGUCACUCCUAAAGUUUGUCCAAAUACGCCACUGUCAAUGCUACGAUAUCCACGUAUUGGAGAAACCGUUAUUUCUCUAACGGGCAGUCCGAUUGUGGCCCAAUGUCCAUCGGAUACAACGGCAACCGUUAAUAUUCCUAUAAAAGAUGGGGUAAUUUCAUUGCGUCCUACAAGGCUGGACGCGGUUCAUCCUGAUUUUAUUGAAUCCAUUGAUGCUGAAACGUGGAGCCAAAUUAAAGAGUUACAAUCGAAUUUGAAUAAGCUUGUGAAGAGCGUAGAUGGGAAGAUUUAACGACGGUAUUAAUUUAUUCACUUAUUAUAAUAAGCUGCAGUCCUUUCCAUGUGAAGCUGUGGGGCGAGUUAGUUAACGAAUGAGGGUAAAGUCGACGGAGUAGCGACUUGUUUUUUUUUCUAUCAAUAGUUGAUAAUUUGUUUACCCUUUCUGGCUUAUGUAUUCAUAGGUUCAAUAAGUUCUCGAAAAAUAUAUGCAUCUCUUGAAAAUAUUUA